UUCAUGAUUCUUUCAUAAAAGAGAUAUGGAAGACCGCCACCGAGCAGCAGGUGCGCGAGCCCCCGACACGACCGGCGGCCGCGACCAGGAGGGCCGCCCCCGUGACGAAGACAAGGCCCAAGUCAAGAAGGGAGCGAAGGCGGCGAGCGUGGACGACCUGAUGGAGUUCGCAGGCACCGGCGGUCGCUGGAACGUGACUGUCCUCGUCCUGGGCUGCUGCUGUACCUUCAUGUCCCCGCUGCAGACGCUCAGCUACGAGUUCCUCGGAGCCACGCCCGAGCACUGGUGCAAGGUGCAGCCGCUGCUCGACGCCAACUGGACCCAGCACCAAGUCCUGAGUCUGGCCAUUCCGCCCAGGACAGACAAACCCGGCUAUGAAAGCUGCCUGAUGUACGACUACAACUAUACCCUCGCAGCCGAGCUUGGCUACGAGGCGACCCUAGCAGACAAGGCACUCGUUUCCGCCGACUCCAACGAGACUCUGUCCUGCUAUUCUCGUGACUUCAACUUCACGCAGUAUGAGUCGACGGUCGUUACUGAGUGGGACCUGGUGUGCGAGCGACGCGCCCUCUACUCGACCACUCAGGCCGUGUCUCAGUUCGGAAACUUUAUCGGGUCCUUCUUCUUCGGGUUCCUCCUCGAUAGCUUCGGGCGGCGGCGAGUGGUGCUGGUCUGCGUGGCUCUCGUGGUGCCCGCCGGCUUCGCUACGGCACUCUCACCCUUCUACGAGGUCUACAUCCUGCUGCAGACGCUGGUAGCUUGCCUGCUCUACGGCGCCUACAUCGGCUGCUUUGUUAUCGUGAUGGAGGUGAGCGCGCCCCGCCAGCGCUCGUCCGUGGGCAGCCUGUUCGCCAUCCCAUGGGCGCUGGGCUACAUGGCCACGCCCGGCAUCGCCUACCUGGUGCGCACCUGGCCCUGGUUGCAAGCCGCCUUCACGCUCCCCAUGACGCUCCUCCUCGUCUACUUCUGGUGGCUGCCCGAGACGCCGCGCUGGCUGGUGCUGAAGGGGCGCUUCCGGGAGGCGCUGCGGGUGCUCUCGUGGGCGGCCAGGGUCAACGGGCGCGCCCUCCCGCCCGCCAAGGGUCUCCUCAAAGACAUGGAGGCCAUCAGAAACAAGGUCUUGGCGGCGUCCCGAACGAAGGAGAGCGAGCUGAGCUGCGCGAAGGCCCUGUUCCUGUUGACGGCUCCGUCGCUGCGCCGCACGACCGCCGUCACGCUCUUCUGCUGGGUCGCCGCCUCGCUCGUCUACUACGGCGUCUCCCUCAACGCCGCCAACCUCAGCGCCGACCCCUACAUCUAUGUGUUCCUGGGCGGGCUGGUGGAGAUCCCGUCGUACCUGCUGCUGUGGUUGGCGCUCGUUCGCUUCGGCAGGAAGAGCACGCUCAUCGCCUUCUACCUCGUGUGCACCGUCUGCAUCUUCGUGGUGGCUGCUCUCAUGCUGCUGGGGUUCCAUGACUGGAUAAUCGUGGUCGUUGUGCUGUCGCUCUCCGGGAAAGUGGCCAUCUCCGCCGCCUUCCAGCUGGUCUACGUGUUCACCGCCGAGCUGUUCCCGACGUCGCACCGCUCUCUGGCCAUCUGCCUGUCCGUCGUCGUCUCCAGGCUGGCCUCCGUCUCGGCGCCGUACAUCAACGACAUUCUGGGCGACCUGGUGACGUGGGGGCCGUCGGUGGUGUUCGGAUCCAUGUCGUUCCUGGCGGUGGUGUUCGUGCUCCUCCUGCCCGAGACGAAGGGCAGCACCUUGACGGAGGUCAUCAAGGCCGGCGACGCCCCGCAGGAACCCUCCGCAGGCCAGAAGGACAAGCAGUCGCAGGAGGGAAACGGCGCCGGACCAAGCAACGCUGCGGCGGUCAACGAGGGAUUCGAACCCUGCUGAGGAGGCGCCGGGAGCUCAAGGGGUCGACUCACGAUCCGAAUCUUCUUGAGAUUUUUAUCACUUUCUUACUGUUGUUUCUUUCCCAUGAUAUCACGCAUUAUUUUCCAACUUUUAGUGUCCUUACUCAAAAGAAUUACGGUGCAUAUAUCUAUUGAGGUUCAGGUGGUGUACAGAGGGCUAUACAGGGGGAUCCAGGUAUACUAAAUGAUAGUGAAAAUUAUAUAUUACGAUACUGAUCUUCGCUAAAACGUGGAAUUAAAGAUAAAACACUUA